AUGUCUGGCAUCGGCGAGGCGAGCGCAGUGCUCGGCCUGAUCUGGUCCAUCAUCGCGAUAUAUGAAGCAGCUCAAGAGGUAUACGAAGCUGCUAGUGAUACUAAGGGACUUUCGAGGAAGUUCCGCGCAGCCGCUGAGCAAAUCCCAUUAGUGUACUACACUCUCAGCCUGGCCGAACGGAAUAUCAAAGCAAAAGCUGUCAGCAAAGAGGCGCUGCAGAGUGCCAUGCCUGUUCUGGAACGAUGCAAGGAGAGUGCCACCAGUGUGAAGGACAUCUUCGACAAGACCAUACCCACCAAAGACGCCUCGAGGGCAGAGCGUCUAAGAAAGGCCGUGGGAAUAAAGAUGAAGAGUAACAAGGUGAAAGAGUACAUGGAAGAGGUUGUGAAGAAUAUGGAGCUUCUUGCGGAAAACCAAGUGUUCCAAGAUGCGGAGGCGCUGAAAGAUAUUAAAGAAGCUAUCGAACAGUUGAGCAAUGUGUCUGACGACGAGGAGCAGCCUCAGUUUGUCCACUCAGGUGCGGGGGCAAUUAAUGCCAACACUGGGGGAGGUGUUCAGAAGAACUAUAACAACUCUGGACCCGGCAGUCAGUACAAUGCAGAAAACCAAUUCUUCGGGCGAGACCAAGUGGAGAACCAAAUCAACAUUGCAUACCAGCAUUUUCAAAAGGACCGUGUCGCAGAUCGAUUGCCCUACUCUAAAGGAGCAACGUAUGGCUCAUACGACGACGAUCAGAUCACCUGUCAUCCCGAGACCCGGAUCGAGAUACUCCAUCAAAUUCAGGAGUGGGCUCAGCAGUCUCGUGGUAGAAGCAUCUACUGGCUUAGUGGCGCGGCAGGCACGGGCAAAUCGACAAUCUCUCGGACCUUCGCUAAGUGGUUGACCGAGCAGGGUCGAUUCGGUCAUAUCGACCUUGGAGCCAGCUACUUUUUCAAGCGAGGCGAAGGCGACCGAGGGACUGCCUUACGAUUCUUUCCUACCAUUGCUCGAGAUCUCCUCUUCAAGAUACCUGGACUUAAUGAUCUCAUCGCAGAAGUCAUCGAGUCCGAUCCUUCGAUAUUUGACAAGGCAUUGGGUGAGCAAUUCGACAAGUUGAUUUAUCAACCCUUACAGAAAGUUAAGAUUAAUGCUGGUGGCUGUUCGGCAUUCGUCGUGGUAGUGGAUGCGUUAGAUGAGUGUGACAAAGAACGGGACAUCAAAAUCAUAAUCGAUCUCUGGUCUCGACUACCUAACAUCACGACUAUCCGUCUCCGACUCUUCCUGACCAGCCGACCUGAUGUGCCUAUUCUCCAAGAAAUUAGCACUAUUCCAGCUGACAUCCAUAAGGACAUUGUUCUCCACGAAGAAGUUCCGCAGAAGAUAAUUCAGAAUGAUAUCUUCAUCUUCUUGAAAGAUGAGUUUUCAAAGAUUCGACAAAACUACAACAGUGUACGCCCUCCAAGUAUCGCUUUGGACCUAGACUGGCCCGGCCACCAAGUCCUUCAGGCUUUGGCUGAUAUGGCCGUUCCUCUAUUCAUCUUUGCCGCAACCAUCUGCCGCUUUGUGGGUGAUUCGCAGUGGAACCCUCGAGAAAGGCUCAAGACCUUCGAAUCGAAAGGCAUAGGGACGACGUCCCAACUGGAGCGGACGUACCUUCCAGUACUCCAGCAACUAUCAGCAACAUUGAGUGACCCACGUGACGCGGAUCCGCUCUACCAAGAAUUCCGGACCAUCGUCGGAUCUAUUGUGGUCCUUGCCGAGCCGCUUUCGAUAGCAUCCCUCAGCGAUCUCCUUCAGGUACCCAAAGACAAGAUUUGGGACCGCAUACAUCCAUUACGUUCUGUGUUGCGUGCUCCUACUAACUUUGAGACACCGAUUCGAACGCUUCACCUGUCCUUUAAUGAGUUCCUAUUAGGGGACAAGCUUCGACAAGAGCCUUUCGGAGUAGACGGCCCCGCCACACAUCAAAUGCUAUCGACAAGAUGCUUACAAUUAUUGAAAAGGGAGAAGAAUGGUCUACAUGAGAACAUGUGUGGGCUUAGGUAUCCCGGCCAGUUACGAAAAGAGGUUGCACCAGCUAUAAUCGACCGACGUUUCCCACCCCAAUUGGAAUAUGCAUGUCGGUAUUGGAUUCACCACGUGCAGCAUAGUAUGGUUCAAAUUCGUGAUGAAGACGACGUGCACGUGUUCUUGCGGAAGCACUUCCUGCACUGGCUUGAAGCUCUAAGCCUAAUGGGCAGGAUCGCUGAGGUCAUUGGGCACGUAGGCGUCUUACAAUCACUUAUGUUGGCGAACGAGUCAACUCAGUUAUCAGCCUUUCUUGAAGAUGCGCGACGAUUUGUCCUUGCUAACCGAUACAUCGCCGACCUUGCUCCCCUUCAGAUUUAUUCGUCGGCUCUAAUUUUCGCACCACAGGCUAGUAUUGUGAGGAACAUUUGUGGUCAGAUCCCAACAUGGAUACGGAGGUAUCCGAUGACUCCAGUCGGAUGGAGUGCGGAGCUACAGAAGCUGGAGGGACACACAAAUUCGGUGAGCGCAGUCGCCUUCUCGGGCGACGGCUCGCUCCUGGCCUCUGCAUCAAACGAUAAGACGGUCAGGCUGUGGAACCCGCACACGGGUCAGGAGGUGCAGAAGCUGGAGGGACACACGAGUUUGGUGAAUGCGGUGGCCUUCUCGGGCGACGGCUCGCUCCUGGCCUCUGCAUCACGCGAUGAGACAGUCAGGCUAUGGAAUCCGCACACGGGCCAAGAGAAGCUGGAGGGGCACACGAGAUGGGUGAACGCGGUGGCCUUCUCGGGCGACAGCUCGCUCCUGGCCUCUGCAUCACGCGAUGAGACGGUCAGGCUAUGGAACCCGCUCACGGGCCAAGAGGUGCAGAUGCUGGAGGGACACAUUAGUUGGGUGAAUGCGGUGGCCUUCUCGGGCGACGGCUCGCUCCUGGCCUCUGCAUCACGCGAUGAGACAGUCAGGCUAUGGAAUCCGCACACGGGCCAAGAGGUGCAGGAGCUGGAGGGGCACACAGAUUCGGUGAAUGCGGUGGCCUUCUCGGGCGACAGCUCGCUCCUGGCCUCUGCAUCAGACGAUAAGACGGUCAGGCUGUGGAACCCGCACACGGGCCAAGAGGUGCAGGAGCUGGGGGGGCACACAGAUUCGGUAAAUGCGGUUGCCUUCUCGGGCGACGGCUCGCUCCUGGCCUCUGCAUCAGAUGAUGACACGGUCAGGCUGUGGAACCCGCGUACGGGUCAAGAGGUACAGAAAUUCGAGGAUGUAUCCUCUAUUACGGCCAUCAAAUUCACAGUCGACAACAAGACUUUAUUCACUAAUCGAGGAGCUCUAUCCAUCGAUAAUCGAUUACUUCCUGGCCAGCCCAUCAAAUGUUCAACCAAUGGAACUAUCGUGAUCAAAAAUGAGUGGAUUCGACGAGGUGAAUAUAAUCUCCUCUGGCUUCCACAGGAGUAUCGAAGUGGUUGUUCAGCGUUCGACGACAAUACGAUGGCCAUUGGUCUCAAUUCUGGUAAAGUCAGAUUUAUCCAGUUUGAUAGUUGA